UACCAUCAACCUAAAAACUUGGGAAAAAAUAUAGCACUUGUUUUAUACAUGAAACAAACAGGGACUGCAGGUUGUAUAUAUUAGUUCACAAAGUAAAGCAAAGUAUUCUUAUUAAAUGGAGAUGAAUUGAUGUUUCUGUCAAACCUUCAGCCUCAUAACUGUGCGCAUGCGUAGUGCGGUAUCGUGGCGCGCGUGCAUUUUCUCUCCGUUGCGCACUGAAGGCCGGAUGCUGGAAGCCACGCCCCUUAACCAUCACCGACGCUUUAGGGAGGCGCUGAGGCGAAAAGCGCUGUCAGUUUCCCACAGUCCGGGCAACAGGUACAACCUAUUUAAUUUUGAACUAAACACACUGAUUUAUUGUGAAGUGACAUCAAGUCAAAGUGCAACAGAAAAUAAUACAGCAGAUUGUAUUAAACAUGAAUCUGACGCCACCAGACCAAAGCAUUCAUAAGCCUAAUGAGGUCUGCGUGGAGGACAACAAAGCAGAUCUAAUGCUCCCGUGCUUUCGCCGAGACAUGUACGAGGAGCCUCUCUCCUCCUACCACAAUGCACCGCUCAUCUCUCAUCUCUUACGGAAAACCAUCCACAAUAAGCGUUCCGUUCUUAACAACAACCAACUCUACAUGCCAGCGACCUCCAUUGCUGGUUCCAGCAUGGUUGAAUCAAGACCUAGUCUGACCGAGUCUGCUCAGGAUGACUGGAGUAACCUGGCUUCCAAGGACGGCCAGCUGGAAUCAGCUUCUCCUGAAUGUCCACUGAGCGAGCAUGUCCAAGCCAAACGAGCCAGGGUGGAGAACAUCAUACGAGGCAUGGCGAGCUCACCGAGCGACAAGUCACACGCAGAACGAGAGAAUGCUGAGAGCGAAGUCAGCAGGUAUGGCAGAGAGGUUUAUAAAGAAAACAAACGCAAACAGAAGCUUCCUCAGCACCAGGAGCACAACCAUGCUGGAAUUUCAGCCUCAAACCAUGAUGCUAAUGAAAGCAGAGAGGAAGAGUGUCACAAGCUAAGAAAACAACUCCAGAGCAUGCAACGGCUCUUGCACCAACUCCAGGAGAAGUUCCUACAGAUGUAUGACCACAGUAACACAGAGAGUGAAGAGAAAGGGGAACAGAAAGACAGUCAUGGGCUUGACGUGAGUGUGAAUUCUGACAAAAGCAACACACUUGAAAACAAAGAUAGCUGGAAACUAGCGAGUGGUUGUUUGAGCUUGCAGAGGGAUCAAAAGAACCUCCAGGAAAUGCUCAAAUGUGAGCUUUCCAGGGCUAUAAGUGAAAGCGUCGAUCUGGUGUUUAGAAGACUUUCUGUGAUCCUCGAGAACCAAUCACCACAGCUACACCUGUGUCAGAGUCCAGAGCGCACAAAUAUGGAGAAACCAGAGCAGCAACUAUAUUCUAGAGAGACGUCUGACUUAGAGACUGCCACAAAACCAAUGCCUGCAGAGUGCUAUGAAAGCACACCGUCUCACAGUCCGGAGCAUCAGACGGAAGCUUUAUCUCUAGUGGUCCGAAAACCUCCAUUAAACCCUUUGGGUUCAGUAAGCCAUGCAGUAAAGAGGCCCUAUCCUCUGCACCAAUCUCCAUUCCAGUUCAGUCACAGCACUCCUCUGCAUGACAGCCAAAUCCUGGAGCACCUCCUCAAGUAUGGACCUCAUGCUAAUUUCAGUGGGAUCUCAUGCCUCCCUCCGUCUUUGGACAGAUCAUCCACAGAUUCUUCAGUGGCUCUUUCUUGGGAAAGCAUUGCUAUGAGGUCAAAGGUAAGCUCUGGUCAUCUCGGGCAGCACCAUCGUCCCGGGGCUCUCGCUCAAGUGGCAAUAGAAGGCCUUUGCCUCCCGCAUGUGAAGAUGGAGUGUGGAGAACUGCAGAGUAUGGCGGAAAGGAGCGGCUUCAUGCCACUCAGUAUCCAAGAGGGACUAACGCCUAACCAUUUGAAGAAAGCCAAGCUGAUGUUCUUCUACACACGGUACCCAAGUUCAAACAUCCUGAAGACCUUUUUCCCUGAUGUCAAGUUUAAUCGCUGCAUCACCUCCCAGCUAAUCAAGUGGUUCAGUAACUUCCGAGAGUUCUACUACAUUCAGAUGGAGAAGUUUGCUCGGCAGGCCAUCAUGGAUGGAGUGAGUGACGUGAAGGACAUCUCUGUUACCAGAGACUCCGAAGUCUUCCGUGCUCUUAACAUGCACUACAACAAAGCCAACGAUUUCCAGGUGCCUGAGCGCUUCUUGGAGGUGGCUGAAAUCACCCUGCAUGAAUUUUAUAGCGCCAUCUCUCUCAGCAAAGAUUCCGACCCGUCGUGGAAAAAAGCCAUUUACAAAAUCAUCUGUAAACUGGACAGUGAACUUCCUGAUCAGUUCAAGUCUCCUUCAUACUUGUAGAUACAUUUACAAAGCACAACUGCUUGGAAGCCUAAAAAAAAAAAAGAAAGAAAAGGUUUCAAACCAAGAAAACUUUAUCAUUUGAUCACUUGCACUUGUAGGACCGAGGUCUGAUAUCUGCCGUGAAUAUAAAUACUUUAGGAGAUUCAGUAGCCAUUUUGAAAUGUGUUCACUCUUGAUACAGGGAAUCAGAUGACAUCGAAGUUUCUUUUCAUUGGUGUGAAUUGUACUUUCAUUUUAAACUGCAAAAGGUGAGGAACUCUCGUCAAGAAAUGUCAAAAAAAACCUUGGAGAUAUCUGAUAGAAAAGAUAUAACUUGGAUCUCAAAAAAAACAAAAAUGUCUGUAACAAAUUAAAAAAUAUGUCUGAAGAGUUGCUACUUCCUGCCUGUAGUUGUGUAGUAUAUGGUAUAUUAUGA